AUGUACGAGCUUUUCACAGAUACCGAAAGCCCUGAUUCGUGGAUGAAGCAUGCCAAGGGGCUCGGCCAGCUGGCACGGAUUCGAGGGCCAGAUAGGUAUAACACUGAACUUGAUAUGGCACUUCUCAAGGCAUCCCGAGGAGUGAUUGUAAGUUCAAUCAUUGAAUCAUCGCGUCUUGUCUUCUUUGAGUGUGCCAAGGAGCACAUUGAUACCAGUUGCAGGAACAUGCUUAUAUUCGAACAGGUGAUGCACGCAAUGUUCUCCGGUGAAGAGUGCUUUUUGGCUUCAGAUCAGUGGCAUGACAUAAUGCUCAGACGAUUCAAUGAAGACCUGCCCGAAGGAUUGUACUAUAGUAUCGAAGAAUUCUUCGCAUACAUGACAUAUGCUCCAGAUCUUGUGCAUAAGCUUUACAGUCUGAGAAAUCCCGGAGUUACCUGUGCUGAAAAGUCGCAAAGAGUCCCAGAACUUGUAAUCCAAGCUCUGGAGAUGCAAACAAAAUUAGCCACAUGGUAUGAGCGGUUUUCUCACAUCGCACCCACGCCAACAGAAACCAUAUCAUCAACCGGUGAUGAACUAUACCCGAUUGUCCUCACAUACAUGGAUGUGAAUUGUGCAACUAUCUACUGUGGAUACUACGCCUACAUGGUGAUCAUUCACGAGGUUUUGAGAAGCUGUGGUUAUCCCGGUGAGCAUGAUGCUAUGGUGGUUUAUUUCAGAGAUCAAAUCUGCAAGUCUGUGGAAUACAAUACCAGGGGAUUACUGGGUCCAUAUCGAAUGGGGUUCCCUCUCCGUGUGGUAUUCGAGAUUGCAGAUCCAGUGACAAAGGCAUGGGUUUUGGACCGCCUUGAGCAUCUUUCAAAAAGCUACGCAGCAAUGCGUCCAGAGAACUAUAAGACAGUGUUGUAA